ACCAAAACUCAGAUGUCACAGAUAAUAAUGCAACACCCAAGAACCAAAACCCAGAUUUUAGCAAUCUUCAUCAUCCUCUUCAUUCAACUCCUCCCUAUUGUUAUCGCCCACAAAUCCCAGGAUUCACAGGUUCCACUCCCAUAUAAAGGCGGACACCACCUUCACCCAUCCCACCAUCAUGGUCAUCAUGGUCAGAAGCCGAGUCAUUCCUCCCUGUCCGAGGAAAAUCUAGAUGGAAGCCAUGAAUUACCCUCAAAUUCACAUCACCAUGACCCUUCUCCACUCCAGGGGAGCCACGAUUCGGGUGGUCAGGAUAAGGGGUGGUCGCACUUGCCGUUACCGAUGUCGGAAGAAGACGAAUUUCUGAUAGCCCAUAAUAAAUACCGGUCUAAACUUGGUCAUCCACCUUUGAGUUGGGACGUGAACCUGGCCAGCUUCGCACAGUGGUGGGCGAAUAAGCGCAGCGUUGACUGCGAGAUGCUCCACUCACGGAUGGAUUACGGUGAGAACAUCUUCUGGGGGGCGCGCGACCACUGGACGCCGACGGAGGUGGUCGACUUGUGGGCCGGUGAGGGCAAUUUCUACAAUCCCGAGACAAAUAUGUGCCAACCGGAUCAAAUGUGUGGCCAUUACACUCAGAUUAUUUGGACGACAAGUUCCAAAAUCGGAUGCUCUAGGAAAAAGUGCCAAACCGGUGGCGUCUUCGUCAUUUGCUCUUACGAUCCGCCGGGUAAUAUUCGCGGUAGUGACCCUUUUUCCCCGCAACGUCAUAGAACUUCGGAUACAGGAAUUUCACCUCUUCCAUCGAUUCCUCCACCUCCGUCGCCGGGAGAGGCACCUUCACAAUCAAAACAUGCUAGAUUUACAGCAGUAUAAUCUGUUAUUUGGGAUUGGGAAACAUUUACCAAAAGUUUUCUCAAGAAUUCACAAAAAUAAUUGCCGUUGCAACGCAAUCUAUUGCAUAGAUUUCCACUAAUAUUGUAUUAAAAUAGUAGUUACGACGUUCUUUGUUAGGAUAGUUUACAUUGAAAAAAUGGUGUUGUAAUUGAGGGUAUUUUUAGUGAUUUUGCAUUCUCUUUUGAUUAAAUGGAUUCUUUUCCC